CUCCCUUUCUUAUAUUCAGAUUACUGAUUUCGUCUACGCUUCUUCUUCUUCUUGCCAUGGCUGACGAUGGAGAGUGUCCAUCCUCUUUCGAGUGUGGGAGUUUUGGAACCAUCAAGUUUCCUUUCACAGACUCACGACACCCACACUGUGGCGUGAUGCCAAUCCAUGGCUGCGAUGAUCCAAAUCCAGAUGCCCUCAAAACCAUUCAACUAACCAACACAACAAGGUUUACUGUUUUAUACGUAGAACCUCAUACCAUAACCAUCAAAGAUAUUAAUCUGUAUGAUUAUUUGAGAUCCAAAAGUUGCAAAACAUUCAGCAACAACAUAACUCUUCCUCAGAUUCCCACCUCUCCUUUAGGCUCUUUCUACAUCAAAUAUAAUAUAACACUUUUCAGAUGCAACAAGUCCCUCACUCUCAACCUUUCCCGGCGUUUUCAUAACUAUAGGGAGUGUCCAGAGUACAAUGUCUACUAUGGCUUUCCAAAUGAGGAAAUUCCUAAGGGAUUUCAGUGGCCAACCAAUUUAACAUCAUGUUCCAAUAUUCAGUUACCAUUAAAAGACGAGUCAGAUACUGGGGACCCAUUUUCGUUUCUAUCUGCUGAGAUGCAAUUGGAAGUACUAUUAUCUGAUGACUGUGCCAAGUGUGUUCAGCACCAAAGUGGUCAAUGUCAACUUGACACCCAAGGCAAACUCUAUUGUGCCAAAAAUAAAAGAUCGGCUCAAAAGCUAGGACUAGGAAUUGCACUCCCGGUCUUUACUAUAAUUGGGUUGUUGCUGAUUCUAUGGCGUUGCAAAGCAAAAUGCGGUAUUGUUCUGUACUCAAAUCCAGAACCAGAGAGUUGCAGCGUAUACUUUGGGGUCCCUGUCUUCUCCUAUAAGGAUCUUCAAGUGGCUACAAAAUAUUUUGACCCUUCAAGAGUUCUUGGUGAUGGAGGCUUUGGUACUGUUUACUAUGGAAAACUCAAAGAUGGACGUGAAGUUGCCAUCAAGCACUUAUACGAGCACAACUCUCGGCGAUUAGAACAAUUCAUGAAUGAAGUUAAGAUCCUAACGCGUUUGCGACAUGUAAAUCUCGUGUCCCUCUAUGGCUGCACUUCAUAUCACAGCCAUGAAUUGUUGCUUGUGUAUGAAUACAUUCCAAAUGGCACUUUAGCAAGUCAUCUGCACCAUGGAUCAUCAAGAUCUAGCUUUCUUCCUUGGCCUAUUAGAAUGAAAGUUGCCAUAGAAACUGCAACUGCACUGGCUUAUCUCCAUGCUUCAGACAUCAUUCACCGCGAUGUCAAGACCAACAACAUUCUUCUAGACAACAGUUAUUGUGUUAAGGUUGCGGAUUUUGGGAUGUCAAGAUUGUUUCCAAAUGAUGUGACACAUGUAUCCACAGCUCCACAAGGCACCCCUGGCUAUCUUGAUCCGGAAUAUCACCAAUUCUAUCAGCUUACGAGCAAGAGUGAUGUGUAUAGUUUCGGGGUUGUGCUCAUUGAGCUUAUAUCUUCUAAGCCUGCAGUUGAUAUGAGUAGGCAUAAGGAUGAGAUUAGCUUGGCGAAUCUAGCCAUAAACAAGAUUAGAAAAGGCGCAAUUGGAGAGCUUGUUGAUCCUUUCCUUGGGUUUGAGUCAGAUAGUGGCGUUAGAAGGGAAAUAGUUAUGGUGGCAGAAUUGGCAUUUCAGUGUUUGCAAAGGGACAGAGAAUUGAGGCCCUCCAUGGAAGAGGUGUUGGAGGCACUGAGGAGAACAGAGAGUGGGAAGGAAGAGGCUGAGGAUUCACAUGGUGAUGUGCUUUCAGAAGAAGAUGAUGAAGAAGAGAUGAAAGUGUUGAAUGAGAUGAAGGCAACACCUUCGCCUAAGGCAGUGACUGAUAAGUGGGAUAGUGAAUCAUCUAUUACACCCAAUAUCAGUUCCCAAUCAACCAACCAAUCUAAUGUUGAUGUUCGGAUUAGUUCACUUAAUCUAGAAAAAAUGAAGUAGCGGGGUCUGAUGAUGAUGAAUUGUUGAUGAUAACACAUAAUUUUGUUAGUGAACUUUUUAAAAAAAAUGCAAAUCAGUUGCUAAUGAAUUGACCUAUAGUUAAAACAAAUUGUUU